GGCGCAGUCACCAGUCAGUCACCAGUCCAGGCCGGGCACCAUGCGCACGCGCAGUGAACCUCGAACAAGUUGACGGCGCGCCACGAGUGUAGUGUAGUGCGGUUCCAUUCAUUGAGUCCGGACUUGCCCCUUAGUGAUGGCACUCCACAACUUCAGUUCCCCGUUUCUCCCCUCGUUCCCGGGGUUCCCCGGGUUGUUUCCUCACACUCCCACUGUCGCCCCUUAUCUCCAGCCCAACUUGCAACCCCCCAGGCCUCCGGAGCCUCGUCAGAACAGACAGACCUACGGGCCGACGACGCGGCAGCCCCCGCCUUCCCCCUACCAGCAACCCCCGCACCAGUCCAAGGGGUACUCGGGGUACGCGGGGCAGGACACCAGAUACACGCGCGUGAGCAGUGGCACCCCCGGGUCCGGGAAGACGUCGGUCCACGCGGUGAUAGACUACGAUGAUGAUUUUGACGACGGGGAGUACUACGACGAGCCCGACCUGGAGGAGUUGCCCUCCUCGCUCCGCCACAGCCCCGUACCUACGGUCACCCCCAUCCAGGGACCCAUACUCGUCAAGAACGGCAGCGUCCCUGUGGUACCGCUAUACUCAUACCCCACCAUCAACAACGGCUCGCUCGUCCAAAUUCCCAUUUUAUGGACGGCACUUUCGUUGGCUUUGGGCCUUGAGAUCAGAGGAGAUGUCAUCAGAGGAGUGCCCUGUAUCAAACGCUUCCAUCAGCUCUUCUGCCCCACCGCUGGAAACAGUUACCCCAUAGAUAGAAUCGAGCUGUUCAUAGACGAGAACAAGGCUCUGAUGAAGCGGAUGUAUGGAGAGUUCCAGAUGAGCACAGAGUAUGGUCCACCGGCGCGGGAAGUGUUUGAAACGCAGCGAAGAACGAGGAAAAAACGAGCGUCAACGAGUAAAGAGAAACCGAAGUCAAACAACUCGACUGCGCCUGACCCCGUACAGGAGGGGAUCGACGGGACCGAGACUUACUUCGGAAAGUUAAGGCAGACCAGGCAGUCUUUCCGCAACAAUCAGUCAUCUGACUCUGGAAGAGUGGAUGCUUGUGAGUCUAAAGUGGAGAUAGUCACCCCGUACUGGGCAGCCAACAGUGCGGGUAAAAUAAGAGCGAUUGUCAACACCCAGCACUUCGAGCAAGCGAUCCACCAAGAAGUUUGCUCGAAAACCCAAACAAACCGGUGUUCGUCCGACUGCGGUUGUGAGCAGAAGUACAAGUGGCACCGUCUGUUGGCGUACGACCCGGACAACGACUGCAAGGGCAUAUUCAUGGACUGGUUCCUCUUCCCUUCCUGUUGCGUCUGCCGGUGUAACGCCACGAACUGAACCGUCCAAAGAUGACUGAGUCAAUGACAUUGUGUAGACUGCCGAAUCGCUACCUUACCGCUACCAUACGGGCUUACACACAGUCGUGCGAGCCGUCUAUAGUGAUUCUGUAUUUAUUGAGUGGACAAUCUUAUAAAUAGCCACCGAACUGGUGUAAAGGCAGUCAGAGGCUGUCAGUAAAUAUCGAUUGUAAUUACAUUGCUAAUUUAAAUGUACCAUAUAGUUAGUGCUAUAAUAUGAAGUUUAGGAGUCUUUGUUUGUGGAAGACUUGUGCUGCAUAGUCAUUUUAUAGUGCGUAAUUAGAUGUUUUCAGUUUGGAUAGAUUAGUGAAACUGCAAACUAGCAUAUAGGUGUAUUUAUAAUAUAUGUGUAUUUUAAGAUAAGUUUUAUGUUCAAAUUAUUUAUAUAUCACCAUAAACAACUCGCAGUCAAGCUGAUGUUAAACAAGUAUAUACAGUUUUAUAAGUGUACACUGUCAUUAAGUAGACAUAACUACAGAUAUUUUGCAACUGUGAAUAAUGUACCAAUGGUUACGAUAAAUAAAUAAAAACACUUGUAUAGAA